AUGGGGAAGAAAUACAGAUACGCGAGCUCCUCAUCCUCCUCCUCGGACUCAGACUCGGAGUCUUCUUCCGUCCUUCCUCCGCCCCGCCGACACCGACAUCGUGACCAAACCUACCGUAACCGCCGGCGAAGCCCUCCGGCACCAGAGUAUCCUUCGCAAGGCUUGGGAGCUGCCCCUGCAGCCAAAGAGGAGGAGAAGAAGAAAAAGAAGAAGAAGCCCCCUCCGCAGCAGGGCAUUGAUAAGAUAUGGGAGCUAUUCUCCCAGAAGAAGUUCAGCAAGGCGCUCGCUGUUCUACCCUUCUCUCCUGUCCCACCAUCGUCCUCCGGCGAACGAGCCAAUGAGCUCUUGUCCGCGGGGUACGACCGGGCGGUGGAGGAGUGCCGACAGAGGGUGCGCAAGAUCAUUGCUGAGUGUAAGAGAAUAAACACGCGCUAUCGUGACCGCUGGGACAUUGACUGGGACCUGAAAUGGGAGAAAGGCCAUUGCCUUAAUAGUCUCGGCUCCACCAAAUUUGACAUCAACAUGUCCACGAUGUUGAACCCCAAUGCCAACAUUCCGAAAGCCGUCAAGCGCGUACAUGAAAUCUAUGAGAAGCCCACUUUCAUGGAGAAGGUGCUUCCCGGCGACAUCAAGCAAGGCAAUCUAGGCAAUUGUUGGUUCGUGGCUAGCUUGACUGGGCUAGCCAAUGUUGAGGAUGGCAUUAAGCGGAUUUGCGUCGAGUAUGAUACCAAAAUCGGAAUCUAUGGUUUCGUCUUCUAUCGCGACGGCGAAUGGGUUUGGUCAAUCAUCGACGAUAAGCUUCAUUUGAAGUCCCCAUGCUGGGAUUCGCCCUCAAUGCAGCGUGAUCUACUGCAGCAAAUUGACCGAGAGGAUGUCGAGCGUGUAUACCGCAAGACAUACCAGACGGGAUCCAAGGCACUGUUCUUCGCCCAGAACAAGGAUCAAAACGAGACCUGGGUGCCGCUCAUUGAGAAGGCGUAUGCUAAAGCCCACGGAGACUAUGCUUGUUUGACCGGAGGCUGGAUUGGAGAAGCAUUGGAAGAUCUGUCUGGUGGUGUCACUACCGAGCUGCUUGCCAGCGAUAUCUUAGACACUGAGGAGUUCUGGAACAAUGAGCUGUCUCGAAUCAAUCAGGAAUUUCUAUUCGGAUGUUCUACCGGACUCCUCGAUGGAGGAUAUGGAAAUCGCGACGGCAUCUCGGAGGGGCACGCCUAUGUUAUUAUGGAGGCGAGGACGCUCAAGAAUGGCACUCGGCUGCUAAAGCUAAGGAACCCUUGGGGCAAGAUUAAGAAGGGCAACUGGGAAGGAGCUUGGUCUGACGGUUCCAAGGAGUGGACCACUGAAGUCCAGGAGGAGAUCAACCACUCCUUCGGAGGCGACUCUACCUUUUGGAUCUCCUACGAAGACCUCCUACGCAAGUAUCAGCAUUUCGAUCGUACAAGGCUCUUCCGUGAUCCUAAUUGGCGAUGCUGCCAACGCUGGAUCGGCGUCGAGGUGCCCUGGAAGGCCCAAUACCACGAGAAGUUCCAUAUUAAGCUCACUAAGGACUCUCCUCUCGUCCUGACCCUCUCGCAACUAGAUGCCCGCUACUUUAAAGGCUUGCAGGGGCAAUACAACUUCCGCCUACAGUUCCGCUUGCAUGAGCAAGGGAGGCCGGAUGCCGAAGACUAUAUCGUUCGGUCACACGGAAACUACCUCAUGGAUCGGAGUGUCUCUGUCGAGCUACCUAACAUGCCCGCCGGGUCCUACACUGUGUUUAUCUCCGUCAUUGGCGAGCGGGACUCUAAAGCCCCGUCCGUCGAGGAUGUCGUGAAGCGCGAGUGCAAGCGUCGAGUGGAGAACGAGAAGCUGGCACAAGUGGGCCAUGCUUACGAUCUCGCUCAUAGCAAGGGUGCUGCGCACCUCGAGGCCCUGGCCAAGCUCCGCAAGAAGACUGACUCCGGCAAAGCCAGUGAUGCUCGCAAGACGGAGCGCCGCAAGAUGUGGGAGAAACGACACUUGCAGCGUGACAUUCAGAAGAAACAAGGCAAGAAGAACACAGCCAAACGUGAUCGCCGCAAGGCGCGAGAGGCGGAGGAAAAGGCCAAGGCUGCCGAAGUGAAACGCGUCCAAGAAGAGAAAGAAGCCGAAGAGAAGCGGAUGCAAUUGGAGAAAGAGGCAGAGGAGAAGCGUCUCAAAGAGGAGAGGGAAUCUGAAGAGCGCAAGAAGAUCGAGGAGCUUCAGCCCAAGGACAAGGCCAUUCAGACCGAGCAUGAAGUCAAGUCAGAGGUGAAGGACGGAAGUCCCCAGCCAGAAAUUUUGGAUGACAAGUCUGAUAGCGCCUCAACUUCCUCCAGCAGCACCCCCCAGUACACGCCCAAGAGCGAUAGUGCUGUGCCCUCUGAUGAUGACAAAGAGAACACUGUUGUCGUUAUCCCUCCGGUGGAUGCAUCCGCUGUCUCUGGCGGUCCGCCUCCGGCCACAACUUCCGUUGAAGAAGUAAAGGCUAAGGAUGAGCAAGUCGCUGAGGACAGCAACAAGGCUCCCGCUCCUCCAGCAGCUAAAACAAAGCCUCCACCUCCCCCACCAGCUGCUGAGGAUUCAGACGGCGACUCAUCUGAUUCACCCGUUGAGGACUGGGAGGAGCUGUACUCGAGCGAUGAUAUGAGCCUGAAGCCUCGCAUGGCUCCAGUCCCGGCCCAACCAGCGAAGAAGGAGGAGUCUGAUGACGAGGAGCCAGACACUCCUGAUCCGUGGAACGCCAUUGCCAUUGUUGGUUUCCGGGUUUAUUCGAUGGACGAGAAUCUUGAGCUACGAGUUGUCUUGGAAGGUGGAAACUUGGAGGAAGGCGGGAUGGGCGAGAAAGGCGAAGCUGAUAUCGAUAAUGCUCAGUCAAAUGCCGGGGGUCAGCGCAAGAAGGAGCAGAAAGACGAAGACAAGAAAGAUAAGAAGGAAGAUCAGAAGCAAGAGAAUGACAAGAAAGCCCAGGAUGAGAAGACCGACGAGGCCAACAAAGAUGAGACAAAGGCUGAUUCUGAGGCUGUCAAGAAAGACGAUGAUACAUUGAAGCCUGUGGACUCGAAAUCAGGGGAUGGCUUCGCGGCUUAUAAGACCAUCAUUGUUCGGCAGACCAGCGAAUUCGAUCGAGUAAUGGGCGAGAAGAAGCAGAACGAUGCUUCGAAGGACCUGGUUGAUCAAGAGUCAAUGCCUGUCUCUGAAACCAUUGAUAACGAUUCGACACCGAAGGAAGACACCGCUGGAGUGGUUGUUGACGAGACUUCAGACGGAUUUCCUUUUCCCGCGGUGCCUGAUGCCAAUGCAGACCUGUCUAUCGAGAAUGAUGACGAGGACGUUUCGGUGACUCCAUUCAUCGUGGUGACGCCCGACAACGAGCGCGCCGAUGAGAACGAGUAA